GAAAGAAAGAAAAAGUUUGAGAUCCUCUAUUUCCGUCAAAUUCAGUUCCUCAAUUUCUUUCCCAAGCAUAUAAACUUUUGAUGAACCAAACCAUUUCUUCCGCAACAAUUCAAUUGAGUUAAAGACUCAAUUUGUCUCAUCAAAGAAAACACAAGACUCAAAUUGAUUCUCCAUCCAUGAAAUUGAAACCACAAAUGAUUUUCUUAAGAAAACAUGUUAGCGCUAUUGUCUUGUCACUGAUCGUGUUCUUGGCAAUCACAUGGAACCUUACCCUAGUUUCAGCCUCCUCAGGAGGUGUCAUGGGAGGUAGUUUCUUCGAUUCAGAUUCUUCCUCUGAAUCAUCAUUCACAAGCGAAUCAGAUAGGGAAUACGUAAACGAACAACAUCAUAGUCAUAGGCAUUAUGUCCCUUCUCAGGAGGCAGAUGGUGAGGUUGCAAGUGGUGGAAGAGGGCCCUUGGUGUUCUUCGUGAUCUUUGCAUUCGGUGUCUUUUUCGUUGGAUUUUGGAAUAAAGAUGCCAAUGGGAAUACAAUUAGUGUGUUCAAGCUUCAGGUUGGAAUGUUGGGUGAGAAAGGAUGCACUAUUCAAAGGGAUCUAACUAGGAUUGCACAAGCUGCUAAUACUUCGUCUAGGGAAGGUGUUAGCUGUUUAUUGAAAGAUACAAUACAAACUUUGGAUCAACAUCAUGGUUACUGUACUGCAGGAUAUUCAUCUGUGGAUCAUAAACGGAGCAAGGUGGACGGAGAAAAAUGCUACAACCAACUAUCAAAUGACGAAAGGGCAAAGUUUGAUGAAGAGACAUUAGUUAACUUGAACAACAAUGAUAACAAUAAGACAAGUAGAAGAAGCCAGAGUUACGAUGAAUACUCCACGUUAGAUUCUGAAGAAACAGAGAAAUUUGAAAAAGAGAAACUUCUCAGUGGGCUGGACAACAAGUACAUAGUGGUAACAGUUUUGGUAGCUGCUAAAGGUGCACAUAAGCUACCUAACAUCAAUGGAGCUGAAGAUUUAAAGGAAGUUUUACAAAAGCUUAAAUCCCUUAUCUCAAGCAAAUAUUUAUUUGCUGGUGAGGUGUUAUGGACUCCACAGGAAGAGGAUGACACCCUUUCAGAUCGAGAACUGCUUAAAGACUACCCUCAGUUGGCCAAGUCUAUGAAUAUCUUUCUUGUUAAGAAACAUGAAUAAAACAAGUGGAUAAUGUUUGUUUAUCCUUUUUGUAUUUUUUCUUUUUCUAACAAUUGGAUUUAUCUUUGUAAGAAAAAGCAGUUGGGUUUAUCUUUGAAGUUUUAAAUGUUUAGAGGCACCGACAGACCAACUUUAUAUUGA